AUGCCCGCGGAGAACGAGUUCGAUCUUUUUGACAUCAUUUCCGCGGAACGGCGGCGCGACGAGAAGAGGCUCGAGGCCAUGUCCACCCCGCCUGGAGCCAAGGAGGAUGAACCUCCGGAGGAGAGCGCCGGCAAGCUGACGCCCUACAAGACCGACCUCGAGUACUUGGUGGAUGCUGUGGAACUGGUUUCGCGAAAGGGACGCCUUUACCAGGUAAAGCAGAAGCUGGAAGAGAAGAAGACUGCAUCUGUGGAAGGGGACGAAGAGCAGGAGGACGGCUUUGCAGCGCCUUGGCAGCGGCGUCAUGACGCCACACGUGAGCGGAGGAGGGCUCGUGAGUUCGAAGGGCAGGUUCGGCAGCUUACCCGCAAGAUCCAGGAGCGUAUGCGCCUCACUCGCGGGGCAACGGUGGAUCAGCCCGAGUCCGUGGUAUGGGUCCCCCGAUUGGAGCGAAUCUUAUCCUCCAGGCAAAUGAACGAGUUCGAGAAGGAAGUCGUUAUCCUACUCGUGGGACUCAUCCUCUUGCCCCACAAGUUUUCCGUCAAUGUGGGGGCUGGCGUAUACCACUGCCGGGGAGAGCCUGUGGAUGUGGCAACCAUCCUUGCCUUUCUGUCCCCGGACCUGGCGAGCCAGAUCUCCAAUCGAAAGUCCUUCUACAAGGAUGCAGUGCUGGUCCGCGACCACAUCAUCCACGUGAGUACCAAGGGUGUGCAGGGAGAUCUGUCCUCAUGUCCUGUGGAGAUCGACCGGCGAAUGGUGGAUUUCAUCGUCGGCUUGGAUAGCGAAGUCCAUCACCUGGUGGAUGGUAGUCAUCUGUACUUGCCCCAGACGAAGAUGGACGCAGUAGUCCUCCCUGAGGAGACCAAGACGCUUAUCACGCGGACAGUCCGAAGCCUCAGCCUCUUCAAGAAGAGCAAGCAGCAGUUCAAGCUGUCCGAGACCAUUUCCUCCUCCGGCCUUGUCAUGCUCUUCUACGGCGACUCGGGCACGGGGAAGACAAUGACGGCCAAUGCCAUCGCCAACCUCCUCGGCAAGAAGCUGUUGCUCAUCAACUUCCCCUCGCUCGGAGGUGAGCAGGCAGCUGGCUUCGUGAGGAUGAUUUUUCGCGAGUCAAAGAUUAACGACGCUGUCCUCUUCUUUGACGAGUGCGAGUCGAUCUUCGAGUCACGAGACCGCUCCACGCAGCGCGAUGUCAACAUGCUGCUGACGGAACUGGAGCGUCAUGACGGUAUGAUUAUCCUGGCGACAAAUCGACCUUUCGAUCUGGAUGAAGCCAUGCACCGGCGAAUUACACUGGCCAUCGAGUUCUCGAAGCCGGAUCACGUCCUGCGACAGCACAUCUGGAAGUCGCUGCUGCCCUCGAGCCUGCCUCUGGCGAAGGACGUGGAUCUGGCAGCCCUGGCGAUGCGCUACGAGCUCUCAGGGGGUUUCAUCAAGAAUGCGAUUCUGACAGCCUUGAGCAUCGCCUGCGCGAGUGCAGAACAGAGUCGGGCAGGGACCUCGCCCGGCGACGUACACGUGACGCAGGAGGAUUUGGCCAAGGGCGCGCAGCUGCAACUGCGGGGCCGCCUGGCCAUGCGCAGCUUCGAGCGCCGCAUCGUUCCCCGGAGUGGUCUGGAGUGCUUGGUGUGCGGCCCCAAACUGCGAACGAAGCUACAGGAGGUCAUUGACUUUGAGAAGUCAAAGACAGUUCUCUACGGACAAUGGGGCUUCGGGGGCCGAACCGCCUUCAGUGGGGGACAACCUGAGAUUGGCUCCUGCGUGCUCUUCUACGGGCCACCUGGCACUGGAAAGUCCCUGGCCGCACAGGCCAUCGGUUUCGAGGUCGGCCGUGCGCUGAAGGUCGUCAAUGCUGCGAAUGUCGUGGACAAGUACGUUGGAGAGACAGGGAAGAACAUCGAGAAGGUGUUUGCCGAAGCGCGGGCGAUGGAGGCAAUCCUCGUCUUUGAUGAGGCAGAGGGCCUUUUCGGCCGUCGGAAUGCUGACGCCUCCAGCAGUGUCGACAAGCAUGCCAACCUCGACUCUGGUCUCUUGCUCUACUGGCUCGAGCACUACCCAGGCCUAUGCAUCUUGACCACGAACGCCAAAGAUGCUAUUGAUUCGGCCUUCUUCCGCCGUUUCCGAUUCAUGGUUGAGUUCCCGCAGCCAGACCGGGCGACCAGAGCCAAACUCUGGGAGUCCAGCUUGCCCAAGCAGGCCCCUCGGGCUCCGGACGUGGACUUCCAGGCGCUGGCCUCGGAGUUCGAGAAGUUUGCCGGAGGAGACAUCCAGAACGCCGUGAUCCGUGCAGCCUCACGGGCUGCCCUGCGCCCCGACGACGGGAAGCGCUGGAUCUGCAUGGCGGACCUACGAGAGGCUGCGCGCACCGAGAGCAGCAAAGCAGAUGAAUCCCUGCAGAGACUCUACACGUGA